AGGAAAAAACAUAACAUGCGGCGCGAAUCCCAAUAUAAGAAGCAGCGCUGCACAUCUGUUGGUAUGCAAGAUUGCGGGAGAUCGCUCUUGCGCUGCAGGGACCUUGAUAGAUAAAUAUUUUCUUUCACUUCAAUUCAACUAGUUAUCCAAUACGUACAUCAUCUUAUUGGUACCUCCCUCGAUUUCGCAGUCGAGUCGUUAUUCCCGAAUCAUCUCCGAACCUAUGAAAACCCAACUUCAUUGAAUUUACCAGUUUAACCGUUUGCGACAUAUCAAAUAUCUCCGUUAGCAAAAUCUAAGGGCUAUCUCAUUCGAUUAGAGAUCUAAAUCGUACGAGGAAACAUGUCAGACCCAACUUUUGAUGCCAAGUCCGCAUCGUUUUUGGAGUGGUUUAGGACCUGGCCUGGAGCGACUUUCCAUCCUAACAUCAAGAUUGAAGAUCUACGCGCGAACGGCGCCGGAAGAGGAAUUGUUGCCACUGCGGACAUCCCUGAGGAUACCGUACUGUUCUCCAUUCCGAGAGCAGCAAUCAUCAACACAGAGACUUCUGACCUCCCUAGACGCAUACCCCAAGUCUUCGAGACGACGGGCUUAGAGGACACAGAUAAUGAAGCCGACGAAGAUGGGAGCGAAACCAGCGGUCCUCCCGAUAACUGGGUCUCGCUUAUUCUCAUCAUGAUAUAUGAGUAUCUUCAAGGUGACAAGUCUCGAUGGAAGCCCUACUUCGACGUGCUUCCCGAUCAAUUUGAGACCUUGAUGUGGUGGUCAGAUCAAGAGUUGAGCGAGCUGCAAGCAAGCUCGAUUGUGUCCAAGAUAGGUAAAGACGAGGCCGAUGGCAUGUUCCGCACUCGAGUACUGCCAAUAAUCAACGAGCAUGCCGAUGUCUUCUAUCCAGAAGGAUCCGGGAGGCUUAGCGAGGAUCAGUUGAUGCUCCUGGCGCAUCGCAUGGGCAGUACCAUUAUGGCAUAUGCUUUCGACUUGGAGAACGAAGACGAAGAAGCUGACCCUGAGAAUGGCGAGGAAUGGGUUGAAGAUAAAGAAGGCACCCUCAUGAUGGGCAUGGUGCCGAUGGCUGAUAUAUUGAAUGCAGAUGCCGAAUUCAACGCUCACGUCAACCACGGCGAAGAUAGCUUGACCGUCACUACCCUGCGGCCAAUUGUCGCUGGAACUGAGGUACUCAAUUACUAUGGGCCGCUCGGAAAUGGCGACUUAUUAAGGCGCUACGGAUAUGUGACGAAAAACCACUCCCGAUAUGAUGUGACGGAAAUAUCAUGGGACUUGGUAUUGUCCGUAUUAAAGGACACGCUUAGACUGGAUGAAUCUACCUGGGGUAAAGCGGUCAAUGAGCUAGAUCUGGAGGAAAUUGAGGACGCCUUCGUCAUCGAACGAGAUUCGGGGGAGCCGAACUCCAAUGGCGAACUUCGGGAUGAGCCGGCCUUUAAGGAGCUUCCCUCGGAUCUAGUCGAGCAGCUCCAUGCAGUGCUCAAAGCGAUCAGGAAGAUCAGCCCAGCUACUAUUCCAGAUAAGGCGAUACGGGACGAGAUCACAUCAUUGGUUAUACAUCGUGCCCUCGAACUAAGACUGGCGCAAUAUACUACAAACCAAGCGUACGAUUUGGAUCUGCUGUCGGGCAAUAAGGUUUCAGGCCGGCAGAGGAUGGCUGUGACUGUGCGGUGGGGCGAGAAGGUUCUACUACAAGAAGCCGUCAACUUCGUGCAAGAAAAGGUGCACAAGUUGAAGGCUAGAACAAACCCGGAGUCCGAACCAUACGCGAAAAGGCAAAGAACCAGGUGAAGGAUGAGCACGACCGUCUACGUAGAAAGGUUAAUGUAGGUCGGGAUGCCGUCUCCCUACGUUUUUCCCGACGACGCGUUCAGCCACGUGUGCCCGCCCGAUAGCCUAACCAUUAGGCAGCGCGGAAAAUAAAUUAAGGGGGCAUUGACCGCCCACAAGGCCUGGCUAUUCUUGUUAAACGCAGGCUGAGGCGGGGUCGAUCUCAUGUCUUACUUUCUGGCCGGCCUAUCAGAUUGCUAGCUAUGUCGUGUUAGAGAGGCGCGAAAAUGCAGGGACUAGGUUAGAAAAUAAGGUGCAACCUAGGCUAGAAGAGUUUAGAGAGCUUACAGGUAGCCUACUAUAAGGUAAUUAGAUAAUAAAGACCUCACGGCGAACUAUUUCCUGCUUCCGCAUGCGAGAAUGGAGUUUGGGAUAUUAGUUUCAUGAUCCUUAGUUUUGUAGUUUCUAGUAUGUUUCCUUCAUAGGAUUUAUAGCAAUACUGUGGUUUGGUAUCGGUUUCCUACAGCUUGUUGGUUCACCCAGGUUCUAGCGUGUUAAGACCAGCUCGCUACCAAUC